CACGGUAGGUUGAACCGACAGAGGUCCAUAGAAAUUUGACAGCUUCACAGGUGAGGCAAGCGUCCAGGGGCUGUUUCACUUUACAUUUCAGUUUUUUUCUGGAACACUAUUCACUGUGAGCCUGGGGUUGCCACAGUCAAAAAACAACCAUUCGAAGUCAAAUCAUUCGGGCAGCAUGAGCAAAAAGAAAAAGGACUGGAAGACUGAAAAAGAGAGACUGCUCCGUCUAGAUCGGGAGGAUAGACGCAAGGAAUAUCGUCGUCAAGACUUUGUAUCUCUGGACAAGAUUCCAUCCUGGAGAGAGGAAAACAGAUCCAAUGAGAAAGAGGAAGGGAAAGAGCUGACAGGUGGAGGAGGGCUGAGUGAUAAAGUAUCCCUUUACAAAGGAGAUAUUACUCUCUUGGAGGUGGAUGCCAUAGUCAAUGCUGCAAACUCCACUCUUCUGGGAGGAGGAGGAGUGGAUGGCUGCAUACACAAAGCGGCAGGGUUAUGUCUGUAUGAUGAGUGCCACUCUCUAAAUGGCUGUGAAACCGGCAAAGCCAAGAUCACCUGCGGCUAUGAUCUCCCUGCAAGAUAUGUGAUCCACACCGUGGGCCCGGUGGCCAGAGGUCAUGUGGGCCCUACCGAGAACAAUGACCUCACCUCCUGCUACCAGAACUCCCUCAGGCUGAUGAAGGAGCAUGGCUUGAGCACUGUGGCCUUCCCAUGUAUAUCCACUGGCAUCUAUGGCUUUCCCAAUGAGCCUGCAGCUGACAUUGCUCUGAAGACAGUAAAGAGCUGGAUCGAAGAGAAUCCUGAUACGAUCACACGGGUCAUUUUCUGUGUCUUCCUCGAGACCGACUUUACCAUCUACAAGAAGAAAAUGUCUAUCAUUUUUCAAGACAAUGACAUGGAGGUUACAGAGGAGCAGUUGAAGGGAGAUAACACAUCACCAUGUACAAAAUCCACAACCAAGGAAGAAAGCGAAGACAGCAACAGAGGUAAAGAGGAAACAGGUGAAGAAGAAGAGGGGGGCAAUGAUGCUCCAGGAAAUGAAGACGUGGAGAUGGCAAGUCAAAACCCAGAUGAAAGUUCAGGGAAUGAGGAGCCCAAUGAAAAGGAUAACGAUGAAAAUGAUGAGGACAAAGAGGAAGACAUAGCCUGUGACAAGGACAGUGACAAAGAUGAAGGCAAAGGUGCUGACAACGAUAAAGAUGAAGACAAAGCAGAGGAAGAGCAGUCUGCUGGGACGAAGACAGAAGACGAUGACACAGAAAAGUCCACUGUGGAGAUGGAAGAUGUCUCUGAGAUCAACGACACUGGCACCAGCAAUGGAGAAGAGAUGAAAGAUCUUGUCAAGAGCUCAGAAGAACCUGGUUCAGUUCUAAGCGACAGCAUUCAGUCCAAAGACUCUGCUGAGAAGAAAGAAUGACCAGCUGAGGGAAGGACAAUCAACCUCAUCUGACAGCCAGCAAACUGUGCGAAGCCAACCACACUGGUGUCAGACUGGCCCAUGUCAGUAUGGGCUCUGACACUGGCCCAGGACAACCAGUUACUCACAAGAUACUCACAUUCAACACUUUAUUUAGCCUUUUCCCUCUUUGUUCAGAAUCUACUCAUCCCUGAAGUAUGUAUGUACUGUAUGUAUAGGUAUGUAUGUACAAAACCUUACUAUAGGACUUGAACAUAUCAACCAGAAAAGAUGAGCCAUACCUCACUGUGUGUUAGAGUCAUACAUCAUUUUUUGCCAGCUGGGUGCGAUGAGGUUAGGUCUCUUUUAUUUGAUGUAAACCCACUGUGAGAGCACGGUGAAGCUGUCAGAGGACAACAGCCACAGCUCCUACAUGUUGACACUCCAGGCUGGGUGAUGCUUAACAUCUGCCAUCCUUUUCGUUCUUGCAACCCAAACACAUUCGCCACAUUCACGAUAACAUUCAACUGUGGACUACCUGACAACACACUGCUUUUGUAGGCGUCUUUGGAAUACAAGACACUGACACCUGCCAUGUCUGCUCCUGCAGCUCGAGCUCCAUUGUUUCGUCAAAUCAGACACUACCUUGAAUCAGACCACUAUUCGCUCGCUCACUACCUGGCCUUUUCUCUGGCACUGAUCCCUUCCGAGCUCCUCAGUUGCUUCAACUGCUGCUUAUCUAGUAACACUGGGAAACCUUUCAUCAGCGCCCACACACACUAAAGAUGAUGUGAGUGUAUUUUAACAAAUCAAUUAGUCCCCCCCCCCCCCCCCCCUUCUUUUUGUUGCUGUUUCCAAGUGCAUGCCAGGAAAUUGCUUUGAACUUCACCCACAGCAUUUACAGUCCUCUUCGCUUUCGCUUGUCUCCUUACCAGAUUGUCUCUAAUUGUAUUGAAGGAAUUUGCCUUAUUUCAUAUCAGACUACAAAAUCACAAUCACAGACCUAAGACAGUGGUCCAAGUAUGAAUUCUUGGCUGUGUAUUGCUUGCAGAUGAUUUGUAAUUUUAAGUACAUCAUGUAAUGGCUAAUACCUGUUGUUAAUGGUUUCUUGUUUUCUCCUCGGUUGAUUUAACAAAUUGGUUUCAGUCUCUUUUUCAAUGUUGGUAUGAUUCAUUAAUUACUUUCAGUGGUGCCAUACUAAAGAUCAGAUGGAUUACAGUUCUAUGAAAUGAUGCCUUCAUACUUUGAUGUUUGCUUUGCUAAACUAUAACAGAAACAACUAAUAAAGAUUAAGGUUGAA